AGAACUCUCUCUUUCUAUAUAAACUAAACCCACAUGCAUUAAGUUUGCCCAAUCUCUAUCUCUAUCUCUCUCUCUCUGGCUGCUUGAAAUCGGUCUGAGAGAAUGGCAAAACCCAGCUACUUUUGGCUUGCUCUUAUAUUCUGCCUAUGCCGUUUCCCGGUUGAUUCCUCCGGCGACACGGGUCUGAUCGGAGUGAACUACGGCCGCGUGGCCGACGACCUGCCGGAGCCUCCCAAAGUGGUGGAACUGCUCAAGUCCCAAGGCCUCACCCGGGUCAAGCUCUUCGACACAAAUGCCGCCGUCCUCAAAGCCCUCUCCGGCUCGUCCAUCUCCGUCACCGUCGCCAUCCCCAACGAGCAGCUGUCCUCCGCCGCCGCAGCCCAAUCGUUCACAGAUACCUGGGUCCAAUCCAACAUCCUCCCCUACCACCCAGCCACCCAAAUCGAGGCCGUCGCCGUCGGUAACGAAGUAUUCGCCGACCCCAAAAACACCACCGAUUUCCUCAUACCCGCCAUGAAAAACCUCCACUCAUCACUCAUCAAAUUCAGCCUCGACAACUCCAUCAAAAUCUGCUCCCCUUUGGCUCUCAGCGCCCUCCAAACCUCGUACCCCUCGUCCGCCGGUUCGUUCAAAUCGGACCUCGUCGAACCGGUCAUCAAACCCAUGUUCGAUUUUCUCCAGCAAACCGGCUCCUUCCUAAUGGUGAACGUUUACCCGUUCUUCGCUUACACGGCCAACGCCGACGUUAUCUCCCUGGACUACGCGCUGUUUCAGGACAAGCAAGGCGUGGUAGACGCCGGCAAUGGGCUCCGCUACUACAGCCUGUUCGAGGCCCAAAUCGACGCAGUUUUCGCUGCCAUGAACGCCUUGCAAUACAAAGACGUGAAGAUAGUGAUCACCGAGACCGGCUGGCCGUCCAAGGGCGACGCCAACGAAGUCGGCGCGAGCCAAGCCAACGCCGCCGCUUACAACGGCAACCUGGUCCGCCGAGUUCUGACCGGCGGCGGGACGCCGUUGAGGCCCGACGAACCGCUCAACGUCUAUUUAUUCGCUCUCUUCAACGAGAACCAGAAGACGGGGCCCACCUCCGAGCGAAACUACGGCCUCUUCUAUCCCAACGAGGAGAAAGUGUACGACAUUCCGCUCACGAAGGCGGCUCUGAACACUUCCGAAAAGCCAACGGCCGUCAACACCACCAAAACCCAGGUCCCGCCCUCCGCCGGCGGCGAGGUGUCGUCGAGCGCGGCCGGGCAGACGUGGUGCGUGGCGAACGGAAAGACUGAGCGCGAGAAGUUGCAGGCUGCCCUUGAUUAUGCGUGCGGCCAGGGAGGCGCUGAUUGCCGUCCGAUUCAGAAAGAUGCCACGUGUUACGAUCCUAACACCCUGGAGGCACACGCUUCGUACGCCUUCAAUAGCUAUUAUCAGAAGAACGCACGUGGGAGCGGCACGUGCAAUUUCGCGGGCGCUGCCUAUGUGGUCACCCAGCCUCCGAAGUUUGGCAGUUGUGAGUUUCCAACAGGCUACUGAGUGAAGAUUGGAUUUGAAGGAGACUUUGGAUAGGCACUUGGUCACUUGUUCUUAGGGCGGCUUGACAUUUGUGUAUACCCAAACCCAUCAUAGCCUAUGUUUCAUGAUUUAAUUAUUUCAUUCCUAUUUGAAUUGAUUGGACCCCAUGAUUCUUACUUAA